AUGAUCAAGAUCACCGUGCCUAGGGAUGCUGCCCCUGGCGACACCCUGCUGCUCUCUCGCGCGCGGAGGCUCGCCGAGUGGAACUGCUCUGUCGAGCGGGCCGACCGCGACCUCAUGCCGCCCAGGCGUGCGCGAGCCGAUGAGGACGCGAGGUCCCACGCCGCCCUCGUCAGGUCCGUGGCGCAGGCUGGUGGCGCCUGGAGCAGGAAGCUCGCCCGCGGGACCGCCGCGGAGCUCCGGGUGCCAGGCGUGUUGGCCCGUGAGGGGAUCGCCGCCGGCGAGGAGCUCGCCCGGACGCCCGCCUCGCUGUUCCUGGACCCCGCCGCAGUUCGCGGCGCAGAUCCGCGGUUGUGCCGGGAGAUCGAGGCGCUGAGGCCCACGCUGCCCAGGGAGCUCAGCCGCCAGCCAGAGCUGCCGGCCCAGGCCGCCUUCCUGGCGCGCCUGCUCGCCGAGGCCGAGCUGCGGCGCGCCGAGGGCACGGCGCAGCCGCAGCCGCUGGCUCCCGGAGACGCGGCGCCUAUGCGGAGGCGCAGCGACGGGCGCAGGCCCACGCCCGCGGCGGGGGGCGCGCACUCGGCCGGGGGCGCAGCUCGGGCGUGGGUCUGGGCAAGCUUUGCCGACCACCUGCUCUGCGAGACGCUGCCCGAGCAUCCCUACCGCCGGAGCGCGCUGGACCCCGCCGGCUUCCGCGCCGCGAUGGGCGCGUCGCCCGAGGGGGAGCUCGUGGAGCGGCUGGCCUGGGGGGUGCUCUGCUGGCAUAGCGCCAUCGUGCGUGCCUUGCCAGGGCUGCGUCCGAGCCUCAGCGCCCAGGGGUUUUUACACGCCUGGCUGCUGGUGGUGUCACGUGCCUUCGAGGUGAACGGCACACGUACGACCCUCAUUCCUGGCCUGGACUGUUUCAACCACGCGCCGGCUGCAGCAGCGGCGCGGGUGCGGCUCGACGAGAAGACCGGCGCUAUGGUGGUGGAGUCCACCCGGGCCAUCGCCGCCGGGGAGGAGGUGUGCAUCUCCUACGGGGAGCUGUGCAACCCCAUGCUGUACCGCACCUACGGCUUCACGCUGCCGGCCCAGGAUGAGCCGGGCUGGACCUUCACGUGUCUGCCAGCGGGUGUGCAGCCGAUUCUGCGGGCACACCUUCCCGCAGUUGAUGCGGGCAAGGUGAUCGAGCUGGACUCGCGCCGGCUCCACGAGUCUCUCAGAGCUGCCAUCUUGGCGUGCGCGGGCGCUGGGCCUGGCCGCAGGGCGCGGGAACGCGUGCGCGAGUUCCUCACCCAUCUGUUGGGCCACCACCGCCGGCGGCAUCUCGAGGACGACCAGCUGGGCGCCCGCCUGCAGAGGUCGGGGCCGGACGGCGGCGCCCCCCUCGCGGCGCGCCUGCGGGCCGCCCUCGACGGGGCGCCGGCGUCGGACGCCCUGCGCGUCAAGGCCAGCGGGUACCUCUGCGUCGCCCUGCACCUGGAGGCGGCGGGCCUGCUCGCGGAGGGCGGCGCCCGAGGGCCCCGGCGCACCGGUGGCGAGAUGGAGAACCUCACUGCUGAGGCACUCGCGCAUGAGAUGGAAGACGCCCUCUUGAGCGCCGCGAGAGAGCUCUGCCGCCUUCGCUGCGACCUUCUGGAGCUGGACCUGGCGCACGGCGACUGGGUUGGCCGCUUCGUCGCUGGCCUGCCCGCGGGGCUGCCGAAGUGGCCGGGCAAGGGGCGGCGGCAGCGGCGCCGCGGCGGCGCGGCGGGCCUGGAGCACCUGCCCAUCGACAGGCACAGGGACGCCAUCGUCGAGCGCAUAGAGCAGGACCGCGUGACGCUCAUCCAGGGCAGCUGCGGCUGCGGCAAGAGCGCCUGCGUGCCGCUCUACAUCCUGGCCUGCAAGCCCGCCGAGGGCGAGGCUGGCCGCAGGCCCCUCGUAGCCUGUGCGCUGCCGCACCGCGCGGCGUGCGUGGCGCUCGCGAGGCACGUGGCGGGCUGCUUCGGGCAGCAGGUCGGAGAGGCGGUGGGCUACAGGUCUCUCGGCGACGAGCAGGUGUCGGAGAAGACGCAGGUCGUCUACAUCACGAGGAGGGCCCUGCUGACGGAGCUCCUGGAUCGCCCGGACAUGGCGUCGAGGUACUCGCACGUGGUGCUCGACGAUGCUCACGAGCGCUCGCUCGACAUGGACAUCCUGUGCGCCGUGCUGCGGCUGCAGAUGGCACAGCGCCCGCUCCGCGUAGUGGUGAUGUCGGCCGCCACGCAAGCACUGUCUGCUCUCGCGGACUACUUCUGCGGCCCCCAGAGCCCAUCUGCAGAUGCCGCCUGCCGAGAGCCACUGCGCGUCGAGUGCCGGCGCCGGCGCACCCAUGUCCUGUACCUCGAGCAGCUGCCCGGCUAUUUUCAGGGCCGGUUCUCGCUGAGCACCGACGCGCUCGCUGCGGCGCGGCGGGCCGAGGAGGCCUUGCUGCGCGGGGCCGCCGGCGCCCGCGGCGCGAGCCGCGCGGCCCCGCCCGGGUACGUGGACUUGGACUUCGCGGGGUCCGAGGACGAGGACCGCGAAGACGAGGGUGCGGACGGAGAGCCCGCUUGGCACCGCGCCACGGGCUCCUCCGCGGCGGCCCCAGGUGGCAGCGCGCCGCAGGUGCCAGCAGCAGCGGUGCCUCGAGGGCUGCACACCCUCGUGCGGGAGCUCGUGCAGCGCCUCGCGGCCCCGGGGGAGACGAUCGUGGCCUUUGUGCCUGGCGCGGCCGAGGCCGUCGAGCUCAGGAGCGCGCUGGGGCCCCUGGGCUCGCCGGCUGCAGGGGGCGCCUCCGCAGUGCGCGCCUUCCUCCUGGGCCCCGACUCGCACGAGGCGGAGUCUCCGGGCGCGGCUCUGGGGCCCCCGGACCCGGGCCUCGCGCACGUGCUCAUAGUCGUGCCUGGGCCAGCGGAGGCCUACCUUGCGGCGCUGGACGUCGGCGUGGUCAUAGACUUUGGCUCGCGCCACGGCUGGGUGCGGGGGGCCGACCACCCCACGGCGAGGAGGGCCACCGUGUGGGCCUCGCGCGCCGCUUGCCGGCUGCGGGCCCGGCGGUCUGGGCGCCUUGGCCCGAGGCUCUCGAAGAAGAUGAGGCUCUGCGUCAGGCUGUUCCCGCGGGAGCUCUUCGGCGGCGCCAUGCGGGCGCACGAGCCGCCAGAGGUGCAGAGCCUCCCCCCCGAGCGCGUCCACCUCGACCUGCACGCCGCCGCGUCGCGGUUGCCAGCACCCGCGCCGGGGGGCGGCGCCCGCUGGAGCGCAGGAGAGCUGCUCCGCAUGCUGCCCGGCCCGCCGGCCUGCGAGCGCGCCGCCAAUCAGGGCGAGUGGCUGGACGAGCUCGGGGCCUUGUCGGGGCCGGGUCCAGACGCGCGGCCCACUGGGGCCGGCGGACUUGGCCGGCUAAUGUCGUCGUUGCCCUUGGAGGGGCGUCUGUGCCGGCUCGUGCUCAUGGGGCUCCUCUUCGGCGCGCCAUGCGACGCCCUGGUCAUGGCCGCCGGGCUGGCCGUGGAGGACCCCUUCACCCGCCCCAGCAGCCAAGGCCACGGCACCACGGGGGAGUACAUGGUCGCCUUGCGGAGCGGCUUCGAGGCGCGCCGUGGCUGCGACGGCGGCAACUUGUCCGAGCCCAUGAUGCUCCGUACCCUCUUCGUGGCUUGGUUGAGCAGCCUGGAAGCUGCGCCGCCCCCGGGCGCCGGGGGCUCGGCGCCCUUCGGGCUCUUCGAUCGCAGCGGCCUCUGCAGGCGGAACUGCGUGGCCUUCGCGGCGCUGGCCACGGAGGCCGAAAUUGCAGAGUUCCUGGACCGCGCAAUUUCUGACCUCCCUAGCUUUGAUUUCCACAUCCCCUCUGAGAAGGAGCUGGCACAAUGCCUUAGCCGAGCGCGGGACUCGGCUCCAGCUGGCCUCAACCGCAGCAUAUUCGCUUUCAUCCCUAAGGGCGAAGAACCUCGGGACAUCACAGACUGUCUACGAGAGCCGGGGUCCCUCCGACCCCUCACGCUCAAGAACUCGGACAGCAAGCUUCUCGCGUCUGUGGUCAACCAGCAGCUGCAGCACUCGGUUGUCCAGCGGACUCAUGUGGUCCAGCAAGGCUCCGGCAGCUCGGUAUUAUGUCAGCCGCCGCGCGGCGGCCAAAUAGAGGCGCUAGAGGAAGGGGUGGUCGGGGCCGUGGGCGUCAGCGUCGUGGGCGAGGGGGGCAGGGACCUCAAGGAGGAAUAUGGCGGCACCGAUCUCACGAUCGAGACUGCCCACGACCUCGUCAGUUUAGCGUACUCUAUCUUCCAUAAGGUCCGCGCCGAGCUUGCAGUAACCCCAUCGCAGCUCGGCAGCUACGACCACCACCUUUCAAUACGGCAUGCGGCUCUCGUUCGUCGGUAA